GAGCAUCGCGUGGACGCCGACAGCGUAGCAGACAAGCAGGUAGCAGUCGGCGACGCAGGCUACAUAGGGCUCUUGGCCGAGGCUGUUCCCGACGAGAAUGGGGGGGCAGGCGCUAUUGGACGGCUGGCGGUGCUGGCCCAUCACCGCCUCCCCAUCGCGGCUUCACCGGGAGCGGCUUCGCAUGUGCUAGCGCCAGGCAGGGUGGUAGCCGCCCACAUUCAUUCCUUUCGCCCUGGUGGCAUCGUGUUCAUGUCGGCUUAUUUCAAGGACUCGGUUGGAAUGGGGCCCCAGAGCGCCAACAUUUUCUGGUUGUUCGUGGAGUUUCUGGCGCGCCCCAAUGGUCAAUGGGCGCCCUGGAUUGUGGGGGCAGGCUGGGGCGCGCAGCCGGCGGAGCUUUUUCAGGCAGACUGGGCCCAGGCAAUAG